GCCAGAGGGCAGCGGGAGUAGAAACGUCCACAGGAAUCAGGAAUCAGGAAACGUUUAUUGCCAUAGUAUGUUGUACAUACAUGGAAAUUGUCUUGGCGGAAGGUGCAUGAAGACAGUACAAUAAGACAACAUAGUGCAAAUGAGAUAAAAAUAGAAUAAAAUAAAAGUAUAAUAAAAUAUAAAAUAUAAGCUAUGGGUUAGUACGCUAAAAACUAAAGCUAAAGCUAUGGGUUAGUAAGUUAGAGGAGAUAAGAUAAAAUUAGGAAUAAAAAUAAGAAUAAGGAUAAAGUGCACCAGCUAAACAAAGUGACGGGUGACAGGUGAAAGUGACACAGUGAUGAUGAGCAUGGGGGUCGGAGUCAGUCAGGGGGGGGCCGGGCUCUGUUGAUGAGCCCGACUGCCGAAGGGAAGAAACUGUUCGUGUGGCGGGACGUCUUAGUCCUGAUGGACCUCAGCCUCCUGCCGGAUGGAAGGGGCACAAACAGUUCAUGUCCAGGGUGGGAGGGGUCGGCUGCAAUCUUUCUGGCCCGCUUCAGAGUCCUGGCAGCGAACAAGUCCUGAAGAGACGAAAGAUUGCAGCCAAUCACCCUCUCUGCAGAGUGGAUGACACGCUGGAGCCUGCCCUUGUCCUUGGCUGUGGCUGCAGCGUACCACACGGUGAUGGAGGAGCAGAGGAUGGACUCGAUGAUGGCUGUGUGGUCUUGUCCAGCACCGUGAGUGUAGAUGGCCACGUCCUGGCAGUGUCCGACAACAUGUUUGUCCACAACAACUCUAAGCACGGCCGAAGGGCCCGCAGACUGGAGCCCGGCGAGUCUGUGGAGAAUACUAUGGAAUAUGCCACCCCGUGCAUCAAAGCAAUUAGUCCCAGUGAGGGCUGGACCACCGGCGGGGCGAUGGUCAUCGUCAUUGGGGAGAACUUUUUUGACGGCCUGCAGGUGGUGUUUGGCAGCAUGCUGGUGUGGAGUGAGCUGAUCACAGCACACGCCAUCCGUGUCCAGACGCCUCCUCGACACAUCCCCGGGGUCGUGGAGGUCACACUGUCUUAUAAAUCCAAACAAUUCUGCAAGGGAGCACCUGGACGCUUCAUUUACACAGCCCUAAAUGAGCCCACUAUAGACUAUGGCUUCCAGCGACUUCAAAAGGUCCUUCCUCGACAUCCUGGUGACCCGGAGAAAUUAGCCAAGGAGAUUCUCCUAAAGAGAACAGCAGAUCUUGUGGAGGCCCUCUACGGAAAUCCACACAGUAAUCAGGACGUGCUGCUGAAACGUGCAGCAGACAUCGCCGAGGCGCUCUACAGUGUUCCUCGUCCUCACAGUCAGCUGCAGGCGCUGCCCAGCUCACCGGCCCACUGCAGUGUCAUGGGCCUGGGCUCAUAUCCUUCUCAGUUAGGCGUCAGCAUCGGGGAGCACGGACAGAGCAGCCAAGGUUACAUCAGAAAUUCCAGCAGUUUGUCUCCAAGGGGUUACCCAUCAGCCUCCACUCCUCAGCACUCAAGUUACGGGGGCGGCGGAGGGAUGACUGGAGGCUAUGGGACAGUUCCCAUGACCAGUCUAGGAGUCCCUGGCUCUCCUGGUUUCAGCAGUGCCUCCCCCACCGGCUCUCCCUACAUAAUGCCGUCCAGCCCCACCAUACCAGGGAGCUCCAGCUCUUCAUCGUCCCUCUUGCCUUUCUCCUCCUUCCCGUCUGCUGCUAAACAGAAGAGUGCUUUUGCCCCCGUCCUCAGGCCCCAGGGCUCUCCCUCCCCUGCCUGCCCCGCCACAGGGGGGAACAGCUUCAGAGCGAUGAUGGGCCUGGUUGUUCCCCCGAUGUAAGCAAAGCACCCACACCAAGCUACCCCAGACCACUGCUUCACUUAGCCCCUUUUUUGGCAUUUCGAGGGAAGGGAGAACGGAAAAUGUAUCACUUUUGAUCACCGUUUUAAACUUUCCCUCCCGAGCCCCCCCCCCCCC